AUGUCGGCCCCCAAAUUUUCCAGCCUCCGCUCAUCAAAACGCCGGACAUCGUCUUUGAUCCCGUUUAGGGACGAUACCAGCCUUGUCGCGUUUAGAUAUGAGCAGACCGUUCAGGCAGAGCCUCCCAUUCCCAUACCCGCCCCCCGAAACCCGCCCUCGCGGUCACCCUCAAUCUCGACGCGUACGACCUCGUCGAAUCCUGCAACCCCAUUUCUGAUAGGCGGCCAUUCACCUCCCAUGCCUCCCGCUGAGGAGCAUCCAGCUUUAAGAAGUGAUUUUUCCUCGACCAAAAGCGGCGAAGAGUGGAAGAGGGAUUCUGGCUCAAGCACCGCGUCCUCGGCCACAACCAUCUACGAAGAGGAGAUUGACACCCCGGUCUUGUACGAAAAGGAGGGAUUAGAAUCUGCUCACCAAUCUUCUGUGCUACCUGCAGUUGUGGAACAGCCCGAUCUCGCUGAGUCGCUCGUCGUGUUCGGUGAUGAUUCUGCCAGGACCAUUGAACAGCUCCUCGCAGACGCCCAGCGCUUUUCGUGUGACACCAACAAUCCCAACAAUAAAAGCACGCAACCGGAGCCUCUUCACCCUGCUGCAGCUCCGGCCCCCUUUUCCUCGCGAACUCUUCUGCCCCAAGACCCCUUGCAGAAUUCCCUCGAUUCUCCCAAGUUAACUAGCCCGACGACGACGACGACGACGACGACGACACCACAGCGGAGGCUUGUUAGGAGUUUUAGUUUCCGCGUCGGUGCAUCGAAUCGUUUGAAAAAGAAGAGCAUAACGGAGAUGCCUAGGGGCAGUGAGAGCAGCAACGAUAUCAAUACGACGACCAGACCUACAAGUCCCAUUUCUACCAUGUUUUCCUUGUCGAAACGACCCUCAAGUAGGCGGAAUGCAAGCAGCGACAGUGUUGUUAGUCGCAUUGGGCAAAAAGGGCCAAAUUUCGGACAAUCCUCACUAGAUUCGGCAGCUAAUAAUAAUAAUCACGACGAUGCCCAAGCGCCACACGGACCACCACCACCACCAUCCCCGAAACGCCCCGCCACCAAUCACAGCUCACGCACUCCCGACACCAACUUCGCACCUAUUUCCAUCUCCAUUCCAACCGACAGCCUCCUUGAUGAUGAUUUCAUGACCAAUGUCACCUUUUCGAAAAGGGGCAGCAUAAUGUUCGGCGGAAAACGCGCUAUUUCUGGCGAAAAUAUGCCUGAUAACUCGACUACAGAAACCGACAGCGACGCUCCCCAUCCCACGACGAGUUCAGCCGCCAAAAGCAAGAUGAACGACGCGACCACAUCGACCAAGAUGGACGCCGCCGCUGCAAACAAGUCGGCGGAACAGCCUCAACAGGCCAUGCCACGCAUUCGCGUUCUCCCUGCAGAUGUAGAGCGGGAGUCUGUAAAGGUGAGAUCGCUCUAUGAAGCUGGGGAUGACUUCAACUGGGAGCUAGGAGCCCCUCCGUCUUCGACGGGAGAGCGCCUUGCACCCACCCCUGAAGACCCCAUUGAGAAGGAGGUGCAUGACUCCAGCCCCAGCAGCGUGGCCGAAGCAGGACCGUCAACUCAACAAACUCAUCGUAUUUCAACAUCCGCCGACUCUUCAGCCCGGCCGCACGACUUAGUCAGGCGCGAGUAUGAGCUUGCCGGCGGUGCUGAAGACUGGCAGGAUGUCGACGGCGCUGAUGUCGACCGAUAUGGCUUCAUUCGAUCUCAUCGUCUGAACACACCGACCGGCAGUUCCUCCCGGCGCGGACGAACAACUUCUAGGAGGAGAAAUGUCUUGACGAAGCGGGACCCUUCCGAGCUCAAUAGCGCCCGCGUACCUAAUAGAAAGGUUUCCGCGAGAUCUCUGCACACGCAAGCAUCUGAAUUCUCGGUGGCCUCGAGGCGCUCAUCGAUAUCCACCUUUAGGCAGGCGGCAAAUCUGCUCCCUCACAAUAGAGACCGCCGGUGGGCCGAUGAGGCUGGCGAGAUGCUCACGCACACCCCAGGAAUCACUCACAUUACCGAAGAUGAGAGCGCAGAGCGGCUCUCCGAAGCACUGAAGCAGAAGGAAUGGGAGAGGGCGGAGAAGUGGCGAAAGAUGGCCAGAGUGGUUAAGAAAGGAAAAGACGGCGAGGGCAUGGAAUUUGAGUUCGAUACCAAGAAUCCGAAACUGAUCGACCGCACGUGGAAGGGUAUUCCCGAUCGGUGGCGAGGCGCCGCGUGGUACUCGUUCCUCGCGACGAGCGCCAAGGCGGACAAGGAUGCGCCGACCGAAGAGCAUCUUCUUGCCGAGUUUCACCGACUGCAGAAGGAGUCUUGCGAGUACGAUGGCCAGAUCGACUUGGAUGUUCCCCGGACCAUUAGCCAGCACAUCAUGUUCCGUCGCCGAUACCGCGGUGGCCAGCGACUGCUCUUCAGGGUCCUCCACGCCGUAGCGCUCUACUUUAGCGAGAUUGGCUACGUCCAGGGCAUGGCCUCGCUGGCGGCGACGCUUCUCUGCUAUUUUGACGAGGAGAAGGCUUUUGUUAUGAUGGUCCGCAUGUGGCAGCUGCGUGGACUGGAGGAGUUGUACCGUCCUCCUGGCUUCGAGGGUCUGCUGGCUUGUCUCAAGGAUUUCGAGACUCGCUGGCUGGCCGGAAAGGACGUUGCCAAGAAGCUCAACGAUUUGGGUAUUGACACCACCGCAUUCGGGACUCGCUGGUACCUUACGCUUUUCAACCUAUCGAUCCCAUUCCCUGCGCAACUAAGAGUUUGGGAUGUCUUUCUGCUACUCGGUGGCCCGUUUGCCAAAGGUUCGCCAUCCUCGGCAGCGGGUUUAUCCAAGUCGGACGAUGGGCGGCUGGAUGUUUUGCAUGCCUCCGCCGCAGCCCUUAUAGAUGCUCUGAGCGAGAUUAUCCUCGACUCAGACUUCGACAACACAAUGAAAGUCCUCACAUCAUGGAUUCCUGUUAAGGAUGAGGACCUCCUAAUGAAGGUGACGAGAGCCGAGCUGAAGUAUAAUGGUAAGAAGAAGGGUUGA